CUUGCGCUGGGCAGCGCUGGCAGGGCCCAAGAGCUGGGCACCAGGCAUUGCAGGCCGCGGACAGGACAGGCGAGCCUCGAGGAGAGAUGCCAGGCAAGCAGCCCAAGCCUGGGCCGGCGGAGGGGGCAGCCUCGGAGGACGGUGCUGAGGACAGCCUUGGCGGCCUCACGCCCGAGGAGCUGCAGCAGGGCCAGGCUGCAGCGCUGGCGCUGGAGGACAGGAUGGCGCUGAGUGCGCAGACGCUGGUGCGCGCCGAGGUGGAGCAGCUCUACCGGGAGGUUCGGCCCCUGGGCCAGGGCCGCUUUGGCCGUGUCGUACUGGUCACUCACCGUGAGAAAGGCACGUCCCUGGCACUGAAGCAGCUCCCAAAGCCCUCCACGUCCCUGCGCAGCUUCCUCUAUGAGUUCUGCGUGGGCCUCGCGCUGGGCCCCCACCCGGCCAUUGUGGCGGCCUAUGGCAUUGGCAUCGAGUCGGCUGGCUCCUACAGCUUCCUCACAGAGCCUGUCCUGCACGGGGACCUCAUUGCCCUCAUCCAGCCCAAGGUGGGGCUCCCCCAGCCUGCAGCCCAGCGCUGCGCAGCUCAGCUGGCCUCCGCCCUAGAGCACAUCCAUGCCCACGGCCUGGUGUACCGGGACCUAAAGCCGGAGAAUGUGCUGGUGUGUGAUCCCGCCUGUCAGCAUGUCAAGCUGGCUGACUUCGGCCACACGAGGCCCCGCGGGACCCUGCUGCGCCUGGCCGGACCGCCCAUCCCCUACACGGCCCCUGAGCUAUGCGCCCCACCGCCGCUGCCUGAGGGGCUCCCCAUCCAGCCGGCCCUGGAUGCGUGGGCCCUGGGUGUCCUGGUCUUCUGUCUCCUCACUGGCUACUUCCCCUGGGACCAGCCACUGGAGGACACCGACCCCUUCUACGAGGACUUCCUGGCGUGGCGGGCCUCAGGUCAGGCCCAGGACCGGCCGCAGCCUUGGUUUGGCCUAGCACCCGCGGCUGACACCCUGCUGUGGGGGCUGCUGGACCCUCACCCACGAAGGAGGAGCCCUGUAGGUGCCAUCCAGGGAUACCUGGGGCAGCCCUGGCGACAGCGGGACCGGGAGGCCUCGGGGCUGGAAGUGGAGGCUGGGGAGGCUAGGCAGUGAGGCCUGCAGGCUCGGGGACUCAGGUGCCUCUGUCUCAGUGGACCCUCUUCCCCCACCCUGUGCAAGUCUAGGUCCUGGGGACAUACUGUGUCCUCUCAUCAUGACCCCCUCCUUCCCAAAGGGCCUUUGCCACCCCAUGGAGCUGUCCCUGUCCUCGACUAUCCUUUCCUCCUGCCCCUGAAUUCUCCACUGGCUGGGGCCUGGGGCCCACAUGCCCUCUGCUUUGUGUCCCUUUCUUCCUCUGUCUGCCUGAUUCCCAGGUUACCACAGGAGCGCACAGAGGUCUGGGGGUCCCAGCCUGCUCCAGGUGGACCCAGGCAAUGCCCCUGAACAAGUGAGCCCACAAAGAAGACUGGACUGGCACCCACCUGCCCCUCACUCACCCUGCCCUUCUCUCCCCCAGCCUUCUGUCCUCUCUGCAGGUCCCCUCCCCACUCUGUGUUGUGUUCCCUGGGCACCGCCUCUGUGACUCGCUUCUCCUCUCCUGCCCCCUGCAAAUAAAACCCACUUGGCCCUCAGGCUGAGGGAGGCCGA